CGCGGGUUGCCCUACAGGCUCGUGUAAGCUCCCGGACUCGCCAGCCGCUCGCCAUUCGCCUUGCCAACCGUGCCUCCUGCAGCAUGUGUGGUAUAUUUGCUUACUUAAACUACCAUGUUCCUCGCACAAGACGAGAAAUUUUGGAGACGCUAAUCAAAGGCCUUCAGCGACUGGAGUACAGAGGAUACGAUUCUGCUGGUGUGGGAAUUGACGGAGGCAAUGAUAAAGAUUGGGAAGCCAAUGCCUGCAAAAUCCAGCUCAUUAAGAAGAAAGGAAAAGUUAAGGCACUGGAUGAAGAAGUUCACAAACAACAAGAUAUGGAUUUGGAUAUAGAAUUUGAUGUACACCUUGGAAUAGCUCAUACCCGUUGGGCAACACAUGGUGAACCGAAUCCUGUCAAUAGCCAUCCCCAGCGGUCUGAUAAAAAUAAUGAAUUUAUUGUUAUUCACAAUGGAAUCAUCACCAACUACAAGGACUUGAAAAAGUUUCUGGAAAGUAAAGGCUAUGACUUUGAGUCUGAAACAGACACAGAGACAAUUGCCAAGCUUGUUAAGUACAUGUACGACAAUCGGGAAAGUCAAGAUACAAGUUUUACUACCUUGGUGGAGAGAGUCAUCCAACAAUUGGAAGGUGCUUUUGCACUUGUAUUUAAAAGUGUCCAUUUUCCUGGCCAAGCAGUUGGCACAAGACGAGGAAGCCCUCUGUUGAUUGGUGUACGAAGUGAGCAUAAACUGUCUACUGACCACAUUCCGAUUCUCUACAGAACAGCUAGGACUCAGAUUGGAUCAAAAUUCACACGGUGGGGAUCACAGGGAGAAAGAGGCAAAGAUAAGAAAGGAAGCUGCAAUCUCUCCCGUGUGGACAGCACAACUUGCCUUUUCCCUGUUGAAGAAAAGGCAGUGGAAUAUUACUUUGCUUCUGAUGCAAGUGCUGUCAUCGAACACACCAAUCGCGUCAUCUUUCUUGAGGAUGACGAUGUCGCCGCCGUGGUAGAUGGCCGUCUUUCUAUCCAUCGAAUUAAACGGACCGCGGGAGAUCACCCUGGACGAGCUGUGCAGACCCUCCAGAUGGAACUCCAGCAGAUCAUGAAGGGCAACUUCAGUUCCUUUAUGCAGAAGGAAAUUUUUGAACAGCCAGAGUCAGUUGUGAACACAAUGAGAGGAAGAGUCAACUUUGAUGACUAUACUGUGAAUUUGGGCGGUUUGAAGGAUCACAUUAAGGAGAUCCAGAGGUGUCGGCGUUUGAUUCUUAUUGCUUGUGGAACAAGUUACCAUGCUGGUGUAGCAACACGUCAAGUUCUGGAAGAGCUGACUGAGUUGCCUGUUAUGGUGGAGCUUGCCAGUGACUUCCUGGAUAGAAACACCCCAGUUUUUCGAGAUGAUGUUUGCUUUUUCAUUAGUCAGUCAGGAGAGACAGCAGAUACCUUGAUGGGACUUCGGUACUGUAAGGAGAGAGGAGCUUUAACUGUGGGGAUCACAAACACAGUCGGCAGUUCCAUAUCGAGAGAGACAGACUGUGGAGUUCAUAUCAAUGCUGGGCCUGAGAUUGGUGUGGCCAGCACAAAAGCAUACACCAGCCAGUUUGUAUCUCUUGUGAUGUUUGCUCUUAUGAUGUGUGAUGACAGGAUCUCCAUGCAGGAGAGACGCAAAGAGAUCAUGCUUGGAUUGAAGCGGCUGCCCGAUUUGAUUAAGGAAGUUUUGAGCAUGGAUGAUGAAAUUCAGAAACUGGCAACAGAACUUUAUCACCAGAAGUCAGUCUUGAUAAUGGGCCGUGGCUAUCAUUAUGCUACUUGUCUGGAAGGGGCCCUGAAAAUCAAAGAAAUCACUUACAUGCACUCUGAAGGUAUCCUUGCUGGUGAGUUGAAACAUGGCCCUCUGGCUUUGGUGGAUAAGUUGAUGCCUGUCAUCAUGAUCAUCAUGAGAGAUCACACCUAUGCCAAGUGUCAGAAUGCUCUACAGCAAGUGGUUGCUAGGCAGGGACGGCCCGUGGUGAUCUGUGACAAGGAAGACACUGAGACCAUUAAGAACACAAAAAGAACAAUCAAGGUGCCCCACUCAGUGGACUGCCUGCAGGGCAUUCUCAGCGUGAUCCCCUUACAGCUGCUGGCCUUCCACCUGGCUGUCCUGAGAGGUUAUGAUGUUGAUUUCCCUCGGAAUCUUGCCAAAUCUGUAACCGUAGAAUAAGGAGCAUCUGAAACUGGGCGAUUAAGCAACACAAGACACCUUUUGUAUUUAAAACUUGAUUUAAGAUAUCACCCCUUUAAGC